UUUAACACAAAAAGUUUUCCAGCAAUGCAAAACAUAAUAACCUAACUAAAUCUUAGUUAUGAUCACUUCACAUUUUCCAAAUUGCGUUGUAAUUUUUUCCUUCUUUGUUCUGCGUGUUGGCGCACUGGACACUUUUACUGCUGCGGUGUAUGAACACGCUGUUAUACUACCAAACAGAACAGAAACACCUGUUUCAAAAGAAGAAGCUUUGCUCCUGAUGAACAAGAACAUAGAUGUCUUGGAGAAAGUAGUUAAGUUGGCAGCCAAGCAGGGUGCACAUAUUAUUGUGACCCCAGAAGAUGGAAUCUAUGGUUGGAUUUUCACCAGGGAGAGUAUUUACCCCUAUCUGGAGGAUAUACCAGACCCUAAAGUGAACUGGAUUCCAUGUAGAGACCCAAAGAGGUUUGGCUACUCACCAGUGCAAGAAAGACUCAGCUGUCUGGCCAGGGACAACUCUAUCUAUGUUGUGGCAAAUAUUGGAGAUAAGAAGCCAUGCAACACCAGUGACCCUCAGUGCCCCUCUGAUGGCCGUUACCAAUACAACACGGAUGUGGUGUUCGAUUCUGAGGGCAAACUGGUAGCACGCUACCACAAGUACAAUCUUUUUGCACCUGAAAUUCAAUUUGAUUUCCCCAAGGAUUCAGAAUUUGUGACUUUUGACACUCCCUUUGGGAAGUUUGGGAUUUUCACCUGCUUCGACAUUUUUUCUCAUGACCCAGCUGUGGUAGUGGUGGAUGAGUUUCAGGUUGACAGCAUUCUCUACCCUACUGCGUGGUACAACACGCUGCCCCUGCUCUCAGCAGUUCCUUUCCAUUCGGCCUGGGCCAGAGCCAUGAGAGUCAAUCUGCUUGCAGCAAAUACCCACAACACCAGCAUGCACAUGACAGGCAGUGGGAUCUAUGCCCCAGAAGGAGUCAAGGUGUAUCACUAUGACAUGGAAACCGAGAGCGGCCAACUGAUGCUGGCAGAACUGAAGUCAAGGCCUCACCGUGAGCCUGACUACCCCGUGGCUGUUGAUUGGUCUGCUUAUGCCAGAAGUAUCAAACCAUUUUCAUCUGAGCAGUCAGAUAUUCCGGGAAUGAUUUACUUCGACCAGUUCACCUUCACUGAACUUAAGAAAGACACAGGAAAUCACACAGUUUGCCAGGAAGACCUGUGUUGUCACUUAACCUACAAGAUGUCUGAGAAGAGAAUUGAUGAGGCCUAUGCACUAGGUGCCUUUGAUGGGCUGCACACAGUAGAAGGCCAAUACUACUUACAGAUAUGUACAUUGCUGAAGUGCCAAACCACUGACCUGAGAACGUGCGGAGAGCCCGUGGGGUCAACUUUCACGAAGUUUGAAGAAUUCUCUCUUAGUGGCACUUUCGGAACGAGUUAUGUUUUCCCACAGCUUGUUCUAAGUGGCACUCAGCUUGCCCCAGAAAGACAUUAUGAGGUUUCAAGAGAUGGUCGUCUGAGAAGCCAAAGUGGAGUUCCUUUGCCAGUCCUAGUCAUGGCCCUGUAUGGAAGAGUGUAUGAAAAGGACCCUCCACGCUUAGGUCAGGGACCUGGGAAGUUACGAUGAAUCCCUUCAUCAGGUUCUUUCAGGAUUAGUCUGGCAAAGAGAGGGAGGAAAAAGAUCUAUUAGCUCCAAUUUAGAAAAAAAGUCAUCAAUUUCUGAAACAACAAAUAAACUGACGAUUGAAAAAGCCA